CGACAGACACGCCACUUAGGUGAGUUUCCAGAAACAACUUGUCGUCCGGGUUCCGCAGCUCCGUGUGGGUUUUCCAGCGACUCGGACUCGAACGAGCCCGACUCGGGAAAAGCUGCUUGAGAUAAAGUUGAGAACCCCGGGUCAGUCUGUUGGAGGAAUGCGGUGUGGCAGCGGGACCGGAGCACGCUUGUCCGACUGAGCCGGACGGUGAAAAGUUCCGACACCAACUCCGGAGAGGCGCGUUCUCGCCGAGCUGGCGUGCCUGUGAGACGGAUCAGAGAGGAGCUAAACGGAAAGGGGGGAAUAAUAAUGGCAACGGGAGGGUUCAAAUCCACCGCAGCGACGGACUUUCUGGAGGAGUGGAAAGCCAAACGGGAGAAAAUGAGAGCGAAAAUGCUCGGGGACAUCGCUGCGGCCACCGGCGCUGUUACAGGUAGCGCCUCCUCCUCCUCCUCCUCCCCAGCCGCCGCCACCGCCGCCGCGUCCCUCGCAAACCCCGGCAAGGGCGAAACGCGCAACGCCGCUCCGAGCGCCGAGCACCACCACCAACAACACCACCACCACAACAACAACAACGGCAACGCGUCCGAGCGCGGCGGCCCCGCCGUCAACUGCGUCUCGUCCUCGUCCUCCUCCUCCUCCUCCUGCGCCGUGGCCCGGUCCGCCUCUUCCUCGGCCCUGAGGAGACCCGAGGAGGAGGCGCACCCGACGCCGGCCACCCCGGGGAAUCACCCGAAGAAGGCGCCGCCGCCGCCGACGGAGAAGGUGCCGUGCGCCUCCCCGGAGUCCAGUCCCAUCGCCUGCAACGAAAGCGACAAGGAGAGCCCGUCCCCCAGCAAGGGCAAGGAGAAGAAGAGCACCGGCCCGAGCGCCAGGAAGGGCAAAGGGCAGAUAGAGAAGAGAAAGCUGAGGGAGAAGCGCAGAUCGACAGGUGUUGUCAGCAUACCGUCAAACGAGAGCCUGGAUGAGCUGGAUGACGAUGAUGGAGCGGAGAAGGAGAGGAAGAAGGAGCAGCAGCUGGUUCAGGCCAACACUUUCCAGAAUGAGGCCAUGACCGCUGAUCCCGGCACCGGCCACGUCAUGCAGGAAACUCCUCGAUCUGGGAGCGGACGCCACAAGAGCUCUGCAGGGCCUGGGUCAGAGGAGGAUGCAGGCGGCAACAGUCGACACCGACACGCCCGUCAUGGCCGAGAUGGCAGCACGACGGCGCCUGGGAGUCUGGAGAGGAGGAUGGAGGACAUGGAGAAGGAGUUGGCCAGAGAGCGUCAGGAGAACGCGAGGCUCCUGAAGGCCCACCAGGAUAAAGAUGACCUCAUCGGGAAACUGAAGGAGGAAAUCGACCUGCUGAACAGAGACCUGGAUGACAUCGAGGACGAGAACGAGCAGCUCAAACAGGAGAACAAGACUCUGCUGAAAGUGGUCGGCCAGCUGACAAGGUAGAACCUCACCAACCAAAAGGAUCCAACACGACCCCCCCCCCCCCCCAGGAGCGGCGCAUCUCUCCAAAACCUCCCCGCAUCUGUCAGCGUGACCUUUAUAUCUCUUUGAUUCUGUCUCUCUGUUUUUUGUUUCUCCCCCCCCCCCCCAUCUUUCUGGAUGUUGUGAAAGAGGAACUGUAAGGUAGUGGUCCUCCGAGCCUCUCGGCCUUUAAAAUACUUCCCCCGAGGACAAGUUCUUAGGGAGACUGAGUGAGACGGGGGGGCCUAAAUUUCCUUCGAACCCCUCCACGGUCUCACGGGAGGUUUCCGCAAAGGUAUAUUUAAUGUAAAUGUCUUGUACAUAGGCCAUUUUAGAUUGUUAAUUUUUAAUAAAGUCUGAAAAAAGGAAAAUGGAAAUAUAAUGAAUGUAUGUCCCGCGGCUGCAAGCACACAGGGUCUUCUCGUCAAGGUCACGGAGCUGUCCGUCACUGUUCGUGUAGUGUUCACCCAGAUCGACACGGUGUCUUCCGUGUUGCGUUCUCGUCUGAGGGGUGUCCACAAGACUAUCUCUGUUCGGUCCGUUCUUCCUGCUCCUCCGGUCGCCGGGACCUCGCAAGGCCGGGCUGUGUGCCGGAGUUUGUGUUUUAGCAUCGUUUAGUCUAAACGGCCCCUGCGGCCACCAGCCAAAGUGCCUUCUGGUGCACGCGAGACUCCUCUCGGAGCACGGUGUCCUUCAUUACAUACAGGUUCAAGUCUAGUCGCGUUCUCCAGUUCACAUCGGUGGCGGAUUUCCUCUGAUCCCAGCGGGGGUUUUGGGGUGCUUGUGAAUUGAGACAUAGAUGAAGUAACAGUCUGUACUGUACUCUGAAUACCGAUAAACCGGUGAACGCAAAGCGAGGCCUGUAGACUUACUCUGGGCUUUAGGCACUUCGGCGUUAGCAUCUUAGCAUGGGUAGAUGUCAGCGGUGAGAUAUUUUGAGGUAAUAACUUUUUUUGUGUAGCACGUAUGGGCCCUUUUCCAAUUGCAUUCUGGGAUUUCAGGCAUUUACGUGAUUUCAAGUUGCAGUUAAAAGUGUGGCGGUUAGACUUAUAUAUGAGGUGCAGCGGUGCAUUUUUUUAUUUUUUUUGUAU